AUGUCCAUCCCCACUGUGAGACGAGCCUUUGACUCGUUCCCAAGGCAAAGAACGCUCCAGUCCGUUCGAGGGCUAUUCCAACUCCAGAUUCUCGCCCUGUUACUGCGAAUCGCCAUCUCCAUCAUCCUUUUGCCGCUGGAUAACACCAUCCUGUUUGCCACGUGCCUUCUCGGUCAUUUUUCUGUCUUCCUCUCGCAGUCGAGUCCAGUUCAUCGUCGCCAGGCCGCGCGACGUGAUGUCCAAUUCUACCCGAAAACCAUCCUCAUCUCCGGCAUUGACACCCCUUACGGGCUGGCCUUGGCGCGAUGUCUGUACUAUCACGGCCAUCGGGUCGUGGGCGCCGACAUCACAGAGCUCCCGUUCGCAUCGGGCGGAGGCAUGUCGAAAGCCCUAGCGACUUUCUAUCGCAUCCCAAGGUCGCACUAUGUGUCCCGCCUGCUCGACAUCAUCCAGAGGGAGAAAGCCGAUAUCUGGAUUCCGUGUUCGUCACGGGCGAGCGUUCUGGAAGACGCAAUGGCCAAGCAGGUAAUUGAAAGUCGAACUGCGUGUAAAUGCAUCCACCUGGACACGGAACUGGUCCAUCGCUUUAGCGACACCGAAUCCUUCACGCAGUAUCUCGUCGAAAAGGAGUUACCCGUGGUAGAAAACUACCAAGUGCAGUCGCGCGACUCGGUCCACAAGAUCUUGCAUCGGUCGCCGAGCAAGGUCUACCAUAUGCGCCGGCCAGAUGUUGCCGUGAGCGACAACAAAGUCGUCAUUUUACCGAAGAGGACCCUCAGCAUGACUUAUACGGAAGUCAGCGAGAUCCAAAUCUCCAAAGAUCGGCCCUGGGUUCUGCAGCAACAGGCUCGGCUGGGGGAGUUUUUCGCUGAAUUACUGCUUGUUGGAGGACGGGUUAAGGCCAUUAAAAUUCGGCCAGCCGACAACCAACCCUGGGGCCAUUCGCGGCUGGACAAGGGACUUGCAUGGGCAAUUCACCGACUCAUGGACCGUUUCGCAUUGAAAGGAGGCCAUCGGAUGACUGGCCAUCUAUGCCUGCGGUUAAUGGUCGACGAAGAAUUCGAUGCUAACAAUGUGCGCUAUGUAACGCAUAUUGCUGGCUGCACUCAAGGCACGAACGCUGUCAAGCAUCUUCUGCAAGAACCGUCACCUUCGUUAAUUGAUGGAUACUUGGGGGUUCUCUCGUCACAACCGGACGAUACAUCCGCGGACAUAGACAGAAAACGGAUGCAGGCUAGAGCAAGCAUAUCAGCGGUCUCACGGCAUCAAUUCAGCUUCUAUGAUACGCUUAAACAAUGUGAUGUCCGGAGAGUUCUUCCCUCUCUUUACCCAGUUGCCCAACAACUCGACCAUUUCGUCGGCCAGGCAAGCGAUCUCUUACUGUUCUGGAAGGACCCUCGUUUCUCGGUCCUUGAUCCGCUGCCAUGGUGGUGGAAUGCACAUAUCUAUCAACCACUGAAAGAGUUGGAAUUGGUGUUGGGCAGGAAAGAUGUCAAGAGACUGUAG